AUGAAGAUCCAGUGCGACGUCUGUAACAAAGACGAAGCAUCGGUGUUUUGUUCAGCUGAUGAGGCUGCUCUGUGCGACGCCUGUGACCACCGAGUCCACCAUGCCAACAAGCUUGCAAGCAAGCACCCACGCUUCUCUCUCCUCCACCCUUCCCCUAAACAAGUACCCCUUUGUGACAUUUGUCAGGAGAGAAAGGCCUUCUUGUUUUGUCAACAGGACAGGGCAAUACUAUGCAGAGAGUGUGAUAUUCCAAUACACAAUGCUAACGAGCACACCCAAAAGCACAACAGGUUCCUUCUCACCGGUGUCAAACUCUCAGCAACCUCGGCUCUAUAUUCACCACCACCACCACCACCACCAUCUUCAUCAUCCUCUGCCAACUCUCUCACUAAUGGUUGUGAUGUUGUUCCUACUAUGAAGUCUCAGAACGUGAUCAAUAAGCCUAUUUCUGUUUCCCCCACAAUUUCAAAUCCACCACCACCACUGCCACCAAUUGGUGACAAAGGUGGUGGACUAGAUCAGAUGAAUAGUGAAGAAGGAGGGGGUAAAGCUGAGACAAGUAGCAUCUCUGAGUACUUGAUAGAGAUGCUUCCCGGGUGGCAUGUGGAAGACUUUCUUGAUUCCUCUUGCAGCCCCUAUGGUUUCUCUAAGACUAUGGAUGAUGAUGUAUUGCCAUUUUGGGAUGCCAAUCUUGUGAGCAAUCUGAGUCCUUUCUCCUCAGAAAAUAGGGGCAUCUGGGUCCCUCAAGCUCCGCAACCUCUACAGCCUUCUCACUCAUACCCUCCUUCAAACAUCCCCUUUGGUGGGCAAAUUGGGUCCAAGGAGUUCAAGGAAGCUGCACACAUCAAAUCUAGCAGAAAGUGGAGCACUGAAGAUAAUUGCUUUACUGUUCCACAGAUCACCCCACUAUCCACUGCCCCCAAGAGAGCUAGGACUUUUUUUGUAGGACAUCAAAUCAAGGGUUCAAAUCGGUAA